AUGUGCCAAAAGACCGCUCGCAAGGGUCUUUGCGGCCAUCUACUCGCUCCUGCCUCUUGGUCUCCCUCGGAUCCCGAAAAUUGCAGGCUUGCAAGGCGUGCAAAUCGCCGCAACGAUCGGUCGGGAAAGCUUCUCCGCUGCUCCCCACCGAUGUCGACUACUGUUGUACAAGAUGACACUCAGGUCUGUUCACCAGACUGUUUUGUCGAUUACAUCCUCAUUGGGCGAGGCUGGGUUUGCUGCCGAUGCAACUACGCCAACCCCGUUGGGUCGCAUCAGUGCGAUGGUAGCGUGCCAAACAACGAGUACCCAUAUUAUGCGGAGAGUUGUUGCCAUUACCCUUGCGCAGAGCGCUGCCUGUCUGGUAGCGGUCAGAGCCGCAGACGCCGAAGAUGA